AUGCAAAUCCUUAUCACCGGCGCUGCAGGCUUCAUCGGCCAAUUGCUCGCAAAAGAGCUGCUCAACGACCCCUCUCACCAAGUGGUAUUGACUGAUAUCAACGAAUCACCCAUUCCGAAGGGUGUCAAAUACCCCCAAAAUGCACGCAGUAUCACCGCAGACCUCCUUAAAGGUGCAGAUACUGUCGUGGACAAGUCUCUGGACGCUGUCUAUGCCUUCCACGGUAUCAUGUCGUCCGGCUCUGAAGCCAACUUCGAUCUCGGCAUGAGCGUCAAUGUUGACGCCACUCGUGUCCUACUGGAAGCGCUUCGCAAGACCUGUCCCGGUGUCCGGGUGAUAUACUCCUCCAGCCAGGCUGUCUACGGCCAGCCUCUUCCCGAAGUGGUGGAUGAUAGUAUCAUUCCCACCCCCCAGUCAUCCUAUGGUGCCGAGAAGAUCAUCUGUGAGACGCUCAUCAACGAAUACACAAGACGUGGCUUCAUCACUGGUUUCACCCUUCGCUUCCCAACGAUAUCCGUUCGACCUGGUCGUCCCACGGCUGCGGCCUCUUCGUUCCUCUCGGGAAUGAUCCGGGAGCCUUUGAAUGGAGAGGAGUGCAUCAUUCCGCUUGAAGACCGAUCGUUCAAAUCCUGGCUUUGCUCUCCGCGCACUCUCGUCUAUAACCUAGUCCUCAUGCUCUCAUUACCGGCUGAUGCGGUUCCUCCCCAUAUCCGCCAGAUCAAUGUACCGGGUAUCUGCGUUACAAUUCAGGAAAUGAUGGAUGCUCUGGAAAAAGUGGGAGGGCAGGACAAACUCGCGUUGUUGAAAGAGAAGGAGGAUCCCAGUCUCAGGCCAAUCCUAGAGUCAUGGCCCACGCGAUUCGACAACAAGCAGGCCAUCUCAUUGGGCUUUAAGCGCGACUCGUCAUUUGAACAAGCCGUUAGGGACUAUCAGCUGGAAACAAACCAGUAA